AAAAAUAAAUAAAUUAUCACCAAUUGAAAAUCUCUGAAGAAACAAUCUCCUCUGCUUCUUAAAAUUUCCAUAACCUCUCUGUCCAUCCAUGAAACUCUUCCUUAAUCCAUCACCAAGCUUCCCUCUCUCUCCCUCAAAUCCCAACGAUUUCAGACUCAAGCUUCUCAGACCCAUCUGCGCCUCCGUUCGACCUCCGCCGCCGGACUUCGACUUCCGGUCGGAGAUCGCAUCGGAGUCACGCGCCGCCAUCGCAGUUGCUUUCCCGGAGCUUCUCGACCUCGCCGACAAUGGCACCCUUGUCCUGGUCGAGAAGCGCCGGUUCGGUCCGGUUCCGGCUUGGCGGAAGGAUUUUGUCGAACCGGAGGCGAUUUGGCUAGUGGGCACCGACCAUAUCUCGCCGGAGUCCGCUGCCGACGUCGAACGCGUAGUCCGCACGGUAAAACCAGACAAUGUCGUGGUCGAGCUCUGUCGAAGCAGAGCUGGGAUUAUGUACACUUCCAGUGUCGGAGAAGUCGACCAAAACAUGCGGUCCGGAAUGUUCUCCUUGACCGGAACCGGUUUUCUCGGUGCAGUUGGCCGGAGCUUAAACUUGGGUAAGAAAAGGGUUCGAUCAAUGUCAUGUUUCUCUAUCACAAUUUCGGAAUCAUUCUCUGGAUCUUUAGGAGGCGAAACCGCGCUGGCAUUGCGGCUUCUGUUGGCAUUAUUCUCUUCCAAACUAUCUUCCGAUUCUGGCCGCCCUUUUGGCGAUGAGUUUCGUGCUGCUCGGAAGGCGUCUGAGGAAGUCGGUGCACAGCUUGUUCUGGGAGACAGACCGAUCGAAAUAACACUCCAGAGGGCUUGGAACUCUCUCAAGUGGUCAGAGAAGCUUAAUCUGGUUGCAGCUGUGACUCGGGGAAUCGCAUCUUCAUCCAAUUUAUCCCAAACCGAGCUUAAGGAGCAGAGAACCGAAGAAAGCAACAGCAGUUUUCAGCUCUACGAACGGCUAAGUUUCUCAUACCCGUCGCUCUUACAGCCUCUGAUACACGAAAGAGACACCUAUAUUGCGUGGUCGCUGAAGAGAAGCAAGGCGGUGAACAGAUCAAAGAAAGUGGUGGGUGUGAUCGGAAAAGGGCAUUUGAACGGCGUAAUCUACGCGUUGGAAACGGAUUUAGGCGAUCUCCGGUUCAGGGAUCUGGUCGGGAGAAACACUUCCGACGACGACGGUUGGCUUCAACGAGCGGCCAAGAGCCUGGCCAGAGACACCGUGUUAGGGUUCUUGCUGUGGGAAUUGUAUCAACUUUACAUUAGGUUUAUGACCAGCCAAAACCCUCCUUGAUUACAUCCUAAUGGUAACAUUCCUCUUCUUCUUGCCAAUGGGUUUGUACAAAAAUGGGAAACAAUCAGGUUUCCAUAAAACUCUCCUCAAUUCCAGACAUGAACAAGAAGUAGCCGUUGGGAAAA